AUGUACCUGCUCACCGGGCCUUACGAACCCGCUAGAAAGGAAGUGCAGAAAAUUAAGAUCGAUGGAGGUGGAGAAUAGGUAUCUCACCGUCAAGCACCAUAUCCAUGGCCUCCCAUCCAGGCUCGACUUCGAGUUGAGGAGUGCCCCCCUGACCCUGACAAUCCCCCCAGGAUCGGAGGAUGUAAUCGUCAAAAAUCUCUUCGUUUCCAUCGAUCCAUACCAAAUCAAUCGCAUGAAAGUACAUAACUCUUCACAGAAAACAGCGGAUUUCGCCAGACAGCUCCAUCCUGGACAGAGAAUUGAUUCGUUUGGUGUGGGGAGGGUAGUGGCGUCGGGCAACGCGGAGUUUAAGAAGGAUGAGUUGGUGGUUGGGCUGCUGGGUUGGGAGGAGUACACGGCCGUCCGGCCAGGAACCAUGUUGACGAAGAUCGAUAGCAACAUGGAUUUCCCACUCUCUUACCAUGUGAGCAUCCUAGGGAGUAGUGGGCUGACAGCAUACGCCGGCUUCUACGAAGUCUGCGAUCCGAAAGAGGGCGAGAAGGUGUUCGUAUCAGCAGCAUGUGGAUCCGUAGGACAUCUGGUUGGCCAAUUUGCCAAGCAAUCAGGUUGCUAUGUAGUCGGUUGCGCUGGAAGCAAGAAAAAGGUGGAACUUCUAAAGGAGAAGUUGGGAUUUGAUGACGCAUUCAACUACAAAGAAGAAACUGAUCUAAGGUCUGCACUGAAGAGGUACUUCCCUGACGGGAUCGACAUAUAUUUUGACAACGUAGGCGCAGAGAUGCUGGAAGCCGCAGUGGCCAACAUGAAUGCCUUCGGAAGAGUGGCCCUGUGCGGUGCCAUCUCCCAGUACACUGAUGCAGGGAAGCAAGCGGCCCCUGACAUGCUCGAUAUAAUUUAUAAACGAAUCACCAUCCGCGGCUUCCUGGCCUACGACCACCUUUCCAUAUAUCAUGACUUCGUAUCCGCCACAUCCGACCACAUCCGCCAUGGUAGAAUGCAGUCGCUGGAAGAUGUCUCACAUGGCCUCGAGAGCGUGCCCUCGGCCUUUGCAGGACUCUUUCGGGGCGACAAUGUCGGGAAGAAGCUGGUCCAACUGGCUGACAUUUGAGGAUAUAUAUGAUCACCAUCUCGCAUCACAAGUGGUUCUAUAUUGGAUAAAGGAUCUGCCGAGAAGUCAGAGCAAUUGUGCUCGUUAAGGAAGCACAAGUCGCGUGCACUUCGGUGUAGUUAAUUUUCCAAGCAAAUAAUCAGUUUUACAUAUCGCAAACUUCAAAUUAGAUUAAUGUGGACGUACCUGGUAGAAGUAUAUAAGAAGGUUUAAUUAGCUAGCUAGGUAUGCUGUGCAAUGAAAACUGAAAUUUU